CGAUAUCAUUAUGUUUACGUCUUUCGUAUCAAGCACUUGAUAAUCACAAUGAGUCCAACAGAAAGUACACGUGGAGUUCUUUAUAAAAAUUAUACAUUUCCGAUACCAUCACAUAUGAAUUAUGGGAAGUUGGCGAUAGACAAAUUUUUAUUAACUAAAGAUAAAGUUGCUCUGAUCAACGGGAUGACGGGGGAGCGAGUAACGUUCGGUGAGAUGGUGCAGUUAAUAGUGAAUGCAGCGUCGUCGCUAAUGCGCUUGGGUGUGAAACGUGAUGAAGUGGUCGCCGUGUGCAGUGAGAACAGAACGGAAUUCUUGAUUACUGCAAUCGCUGCGUGGUGUAGUGGUGCUACAGUGACUUUUCUUAGCGCCUCCUAUGGCAAAGAUGAAUUGGUCCACACAAUGAGUAUCUCAAAGCCAAAGUAUGUAUUCUUAUCUCCCGAGACUUAUAAAGCAUUUUAUGGGACCAUGGUUGGUACCAAAAUGGUGGACAAAUUCUUUAUAUUCGGAGACUCGGUUACUGAUACUAACCUGAUAAAGUUCAACGACCUUAUUAAGACAUAUGUUAAUGUAAAUAGUUUUGAACCAAACUGCGACCCAAUUAAUGGGUUGGCACAAACAGCUUUAAUACUGUACUCAUCUGGAACCACGGGACUGCCCAAGGGAGCCAAGCUGACACAUCUUAAUUUAAUUACUUCUGGUAAUCAACCCAGGUACGUCAAGAAAGAUCUCAUUUGUCUGUCGAUCGCACCGUGGUCCAACACAUUCGGAAUCAUCUGUACAAUGGACGAAUUGCUUUAUAACCAAACCCUUUUAUAUUUGGCGAAGUUCAAAGAGGAACAGUACCUUUCUUGCAUACAAAAAUAUAGGGCUGGCUUCUUAUUAGUAGUUCCUCCUCUACUAGUAAUGUUAACGAAAUCAGAAUUGGUGAAGAAAUAUGAUGUGAGCUCAGUUGAAUUCUUUUACUGCGGUGGAGCGCCAUUGGAUAUUACUAUCAUGACUGAAGUUAAGAAAAGAUUUAAAAACCUCACCCAUAUAUUACAAGGUUACGGUAUGACAGAAACUUCAGGUGGCUUAACCGAGGAGACAGACAUUGAGAACAAACUCGGAAGUCUGGGCAAAGUUAUUGCCGGCAAUAUCGUUAAGAUAGCAGACGUUGAGACAGGAAAAACCUUAGGACCUAAUCAAGAAGGCGAAGUUUGUGUAAAAGGCCCUACCUUAUUUGCUGGUUACAUUGGGAAGAAUAUAAAAGACGAACAAGAUGAAGAGGGUUAUUUCAAAACUGGUGAUAUUUGCUAUUACGAUGAAGAUGGCUAUUUUUACUUUGUGGAUAGAAUUAAAGAACUGAUUAAGUAUAAAGCUGGGCAAGUAGCCCCGUCGGAGAUUGAAGCGAUCCUGUUACAGCACCCAGGUGUAAAAGAUGUUGGGGUGACUGGCAAACCAGAUCAGCUUGCUGGUGAACUUCCAACAGCAUUCGUAGUCAAAUCUUCAGGGUCCACAGUCACGGAUAAAGAACUCAUUGAUUACGUAGCUGGGAAGGUAUCAUCUUGGAAGCAAUUGAAAGGGGGCGUUUAUUUCGUUGACGAGAUCCCGAAAACACCGAGCGGAAAAAUAUUGAGAAGAGUAUUACGUGAUUAUUUUAAGAAACCUGCUAGCAAACUAUAGACUUAUUUUAGAUUUAAGUAAACCUGCGUCUACACUGGCGCGAAAGGAGAGCUGAGCAAUAAAGAAAUUUAAAAUUCGUACAACUUAUGAGGUUCGUGAGUCCUAUACGGUAUAAUUUACCCAUGCUGGUUUGAGUUGUGUGAACGUAGCCUUAUUCCUUUCAUGAUUAUGAAGAAAUAAUAGACAUCAAGCUACUGUGUACCCUAGUCUCAGGUCAAUUGAAAAGGAAAACGACACAAGUUGCCGACAGCCGUAGGCGUAAGUAAAUAAAAUUAAGUGUAUCACAAUCCUAUAAGUUGCUCCUUAUCUCAGAUAUAAAGUAUCGCAUGUUAUUACUGUAUAUUAUUGGUGUUGUUAUAUAAACGUUAGUAUUGAAUUACAAUAUUAUUAAGUAUUUCCUUUGUGAUAAAUUUAUUAUUCUAUGUAUGUUCUAAACUUAAUAAAAUUGUACAGUCAAA